UUAUAGACGCGUCAAGUAUUUUUGUGUAAAAUGUUUUACAAUCCGAAUUUGAUGAAUAACAAUACAUUAGGAAUUGUUUGGUGUUACGCAAAUCGACAGAGAGUUGUUAAUGAUAACGCUACAUUGCCGAAAAUAUGUUCUACUAUAGAGAAAUGGGUUAAUCACGACGGUACUCAACGAGGACGACUGUCCCUCCGGACCUCCACGCUGCUACUCAACGGCACAGCACGUUUAUAUAAGGAAGAACUCGACAAGUUAUACACAGAUUGUAUUCAACUGGACAAAAGGAUCCUGUAUCGUCGCUCGCUAAACACGUCUGUCACAGAUGAUAAUCACUCAUCUUCGCCAGAGAGAGAACAUUCCAGAAAUACCACGAACAAUAACAAACGACGCAGAAAUACAAAACGUCACAGAAGAUCUAAAAACAAUUCACAGAGAUCGCCAGCUGGGGAUCGUCGGAUAUCUGAAGGUUCAAUACGGGACGUUAAAAGCUUUGAAACGAAUUCUACGAAUUCUGACCUGCAUGACGUGUCCUUGCCGAAAACGUCAGACGCAGAAGUCCAAACGACGAAAUCGUACAUAGCCAAUAUGAAGGAACAGUAUAGGUCGACUCGUAAUGACGUAAAUUUUAACGCAAACUUACCCAUGGGCCUUAUAAUGGUGUACGAUGGUAUAUCCCGCCUACCGAGCAAAAUAAUAUGUGCCAAUAUUAAUAAAGACGUUCAAUUACUUUAAAAAGUAUAUAAUCAUUGUUGUUACUUUAUAUUUGUAAAUUUAAAUGACUUUACUUGCAAUUACUUUUGUUCCGAUGUUCGUUUUUCUUGGAAUAUUUUUGAACUGAUUCCGGACUUGGGGUUGCCAAUAAGAAAAAUAUGUUUUGAAAUAUUUGUAAAACACUUAAAUAUAGAAUAC